AUGUCCGCUAUUUUCAAGGCAUUACAGUCAAAUGGAUCUAAAGAUGCCUCCGACAAAGCGAAACAUAUAAACAGGCAAAGGUUACUUAUUAUAUCCUCAAGAGGAGUAACAUACAGACACCGUCAUCUUAUCAACGACUUAUACAAUCUUUUACCCCAUUCCAAGAAAGAGCCUAAGUUCGAUUCUAAGAAAAACUUAUACCAGUUAAAUGAAGUAGCUGAGUUAUACAAUUGCAACAAUAUCUUUUUCUUUGAAUCAAGAAAGCAUCAAGAUUUGUACCUCUGGGUGACAAAGGCCCCAAAUGGACCAACAUUAAAGUUUCAUGUUCAAAACAUGCAUACCCUAGAUGAACUUAACUUUACAGGAAAUUGCUUGAAAGGCUCAAGGCCCGUUUUGUCAUUUGACAAAUCCUUUGAAGAUUCGGAGCAUCACCGUUUAAUCAAAGAGCUUUUUACGCAUACUUUCGGUGUUCCUCCUAAUUCAAGAAAAUCAAAGCCCUUCAUUGAUCAUGUCAUGACAUUUUCUAUAGUUGACAACAAGAUAUGGAUCCGAAAUUAUCAAAUCAAUGAAACUGUUGAUGUCAAAGAUUCUGAUUCUAGUAACAUAAAUCCUGAUGAGUUGUCGCUUAUAGAAAUAGGGCCGCGUUUCGUGCUCACAUUGAUCACUAUUUUAGAGGGUUCUUUUGGUGGUCCCAAGAUUUAUGAGAACAAGGAAUAUGUGUCUCCUAAUUUCGUCAGAGCACAAUUAAAACAACAAGCUGCUGAACAAGCUAGAACAAGAACGGAGGCUGCAAAGGAAAGAAAAUUGAAGAGAAGAAACCAGGUAUUGAAGGCUGACCCAUUAUCCAAUGAUGCCUUAUUUAAGUCAUGA